AUGGGAGACGACGAGGUGUCGGACGAGGACCUUCUGCACUUGAGUCUGUUGCACGAGCGCUGCGUGGCCGAUACAGACGCAGUUUUGCCCUGGCAAUUCGGCAGUCCCGGUCGCCAAUUGGCCAACGCAACAGCUAGCAAUCCAGAGGUUGUGAUGCAUCAGAAUGACUCAAACUUGUUGCAGAAGCUCAAGCAGUGUCCAGACGUGGACAUUUAUCUGCCUAGUCAUCUACACGGCAAUGGCUACUGCGAGGACGCAGUAGCAUACGCCAAAUAUUUGAACUCGAGACUACUACCAUUGUGGGCGUUGCAGGAUAAAAUGUACGACACGGAGCUCGGACGCGAGGUGGACUACUUCGACUUGUGUCCCAAGACACCAAUGAUCUUCUUUAACCACUACUGGGACGACGUGCCGUCCAUGCCGCGUUGGCCAGAGAGCAAGCCCAUCUACUUGAUGCCAAAUAUCGAAAUGAUCGAGCUGACCCCCGAACUUUACUGGCGAGUAAAUGUCGUGUUGUGCAAGACGCAGAUCUGUUUUGACAGGGUGACUAAGUGGAACAAGAGCGGUGCUGGAGUGUUGGACUUCGACGGCAGGCUUGCCGCCGCUAGACGUGUACAUCAACCCAGUGACUGCCAUGAAUACGAGAAGCUUUGCCAGGAUUUGCAGUCGUCGAUUUCCACGUGGAGUGGCUUCAUUUAUCGCGUCGACAUGGGCCAGUUGAGUUCAGAGGAGCCUCCACGCGGCCGUCGGAGCUGGGCGCUGCUUCUCCUCGUGCCGAUCGUGGUAGUGGCACUUUUCACGCUCAUUAUCGAGACGACGUCGCUGCUUGGACCACCGGGAGAUAAACUUCUCGGUCUGCAUCGAGUUAUCGGCUUGACGUGGCGCAAUCGCUUCAGUUACUUUUUAUCGGCUGACGAGGCUGUUGCAGACGAAGACUUAUUGCAUCUGAGUUUACUACAUGAAGUCUGCAUCACGGACACGAAUACCUCGCUACCAUGGCAAUUCGGCUCACCGGGAAACCAGGCUCUAGGAGGAACAGCCAAUAACACACAAGUACUGAUGCGCAAGAACGACAAAGAUCUACUCCAGAAGCUCCGCCAGUGUCCAAGUGUCGACGUUUUUCUUCCGCAUAACGUGCACACUAGCGGCUAUUGCGAGGACGCUGUUGCCUUUGUCAAAUAUUUAGAGUCGCGACUGCUGCCUGAAUGGGUUCUUGAAAUCAAGCUCUUUGACCCAGACCUGGGUCGUGAAGUGGAUUAUUUUGACUUGUGUCCCAAAACACCCAUGCUUUUCCUUGAUCAUCAUUGGGGUGGAGUGACGGCAUCGCCCCGAUGGCCGAAAGGAAAACCCAUUUAUAUGGUCCCGAACAUCGAAAUCGUUGAACUUACGCCGAUGCAUUACUACGGAGUAGACGUCAUCCUCUGCAAGACAAGUGAAUGCUAUGAUCGUGUGACGAAAUGGUUUGAAUUAGAGGGUAAUCCACGCAACGCCAAGGUGUUUUUUACAAAACACACAUCGACAGAUCCGGGUUUAUUCGUCCGCAAGAGGUUGGGUGAAUACGCUGUGGCAGACAAGGAUUUUUCCGAUAUCAGGGUCGUCCACACAGCAGGUAUCAGCACUGCGAAAGGAACAAGAGAAGUUUUAGAGUGCUGGACAUACACUGCAGGCUUACCUCCACUAAACGUAUACAUCGACCGCAAGCCGUUCUAUCGCUUGUUCCCAGCUUCGUACAAAUUAAAGAUCGCGCGGAGUCUCAGCCCUGUUAGUAUCCAUUUGGGUAUGCUGAAUCGCAUGAAUUACAGCAAAGUUGUCGCUGACGCCUCGUUCGUCGUAAACCCAAGUUACAGUGAAGGGUAUGGGCACCUUAUCAACCAGGCUCGAGCUUCAGGUGCAGUCGUUAUUACCAACGAUAUACCUCCCAUGAACGAGAUGAUUAUUGCGAACGAGUCGGGUAUAUUGAUAUCGGUGCAACGUGAGAAGCAUCCGAUGGUGGUGUUGGGUGGCAAGUACAAAGGAGAGCACGGGUUAAAAGGAUUUGGGGGUCUUGUGGCAGCCUUCGAAAGCUCCGACGUGUGUGAAGCGGUGCAGCGAUUGAUGUGGCAAACAACGCCUGGAGAACGUGCGGACAUGGGUCUGAACGCCCGCCGACAGUUCCAUGCAGACACCAAGUACUUUGCAAACGCUAUGCAAAGAGUAAGGGAAUAUGCCAUGAGUUAA